AUGAUCAAUGAGUAUGGUGCUCUUGACCAAGAGGCGCCCGCGGGUAUCCUGUGGCAAAUCUCUCAGUUCGAGCGCAAUGAAGGUACUCGUGCUGCAAGUGGCCCUUGGAACAUUGUCGUUAACAACAUGGAGGCUCUGGGUUUUGCCUCUGACCGUAACGCAUACCUAUUACUUCAUUAUUGGGCGGUCGAUCAAGGCCUUAUCACCUAUUUAUUUACCAACAGCAGUCUGAAUAUCACAAUUCCCAAGGCGGAUCCUAGCGGCGCCUUUGCUUUUGAAUUCAGUUACUAA